AUGUCUGAGUUAAGUGAUGAAGCCAGUGAAUCGGAGCAGCUGGGUGCCAGCCUCUCCAUGUGGCUCGGUGACUUCCUGUCGCCCGAGGAGCUGGACGUCCCUCUGGACCUCCACACCGCCUGCUCCAUCGGCCAGUACGACGUGGUGGCAGGGUGCAUCAAAAAACGUGAGGUGGACCUGAAUGGUAAGAACUUUGGAGGGUGGACCCCACUGAUGUAUGCGGCUUACAUCGGCCAUGACAACAUCGCAAAUCUCCUGCUGGAAGCCGGUGUGAAUGUUAAUGCUACCACUGCCAAAGGACUGACCCCCCUGAUGCUAGCAGCGAGCUGUGGGAAUGAGAGUAUCGCAUACUUUCUGCUCCAGCAAGGCGCUGAGUUGGAGCUGAAGGACGCUCGAGGCUGGACUGCUCUGUUCCACUGCACCAGCACCGGCCACCAGCAGAUGGUCCGCUUCCUGCUGGAUAACAACGCUGACGCCAAUGUCAAGGAGCCACUCUCUGGUUUCACCACCCUGAUGGAGGCUGCUGCUUCUGGACAUGAAAUCAUUGUUCAGUACCUGCUCGAUCAUAAAGUUAAAAUAGAUGAACGCAACUCUAAAGGAGAGACUGCCCGCGCCCUCGCCAUGCUGUACGGCUACACCAAGAUCGUCAGCCUCAUCGACUCGCGCUCUCCACGGAUCAAACCAGGACAUUUUGAAGACCUGAGCUCCUCUGAGGACUCGGACAGCGCCCCGCCGCGGAUCAGGCCGAGUCGAAACCGAUCUAAAGGCGUUAGCAUCCAUGACGGACCCAAGGCCAUCGACAAGUUCCGAGUAGGAGGCUCCAGCAAACUGUGUGAGCCUCCUGCAGCAGCGCCCGGCUACAUGGCGUUUCGUGAUAUCGGCGAACAGAGCGACGGCAUCUGUUACCGCGACGUGACCUCGCCCAUCAACGAGCUGGACGGCCAGAGCAACAGCAGCAGAGAUGACAGUCCAUUCUUAGACAACGACAUGCCCACCAUGAAGAGCAGCAGCAGCAGCGAGGGUCUGCCUCACGUCAUCGGCCUCAGCUGGGAGGGCUCGGUGGAGAGUAACGAGGACUCUGACUCGUGCAAGAAGAGCAUCUCCCGCAGAAUGAAUAAGGGCCAUCACUCAAAAGGCAAGAGUCGCCAUGGCGGCAACGAUUCAGGGAACAGUGGGAUGCUGUCACAGGUCGUUCUCCCUCCCUCCUACACCGGUCCAAAGGAUCUGGCAGAGUUCCUGGAACAAAUCGGUUUCUCUAAGUAUCUCCCCGUGCUCGAGGAGCAGGACAUCGACCUGCGGAUAUUUCUCACGCUGACUGAAAAUGAUCUCAAAGAAAUAGGGAUCACACUGUUCGGACCGAAGCGACGGAUGGCCUCGGCUAUAGCGCGGUGGCACAGCAGCACUCGCCCCCCUGGCGACGCUCUGGAACAAGCGUACGCCGACAAGCUGGAAGCGGAGAUGCAGGAAAUGGCCAUCCAGCUCCACAAGCACUGUGAGGAGGCGGAGAGCCUGCAGAGCCAGGUGUCCCAGGAGAAGGAGCUGCGUACGGUGAUGGAGGGAUGUCUGAUGGAGGACAAGAUGGCGUGGAGGCGGGUCCACGCUGAGCUAGUGGAGAACCACCGGCUCACUCAGGAGAUGAACGCCACGCUGGCCAAGUCCCGGGCCUGCAGCGCUGAACUGCUGUCCUGCAUCACUACUGACGGGAAAAGCAGCUCCCAUAGCGGCGUGGAAGAUACAACUAAAGGUGACAAUGGGGUUAAAGCCGGAGAGGGCCUGACCCGCUCCCAUGCGGCAGAGCUACUGAAGAAGCUGGAUUCCCAUGAAGAAGAACUGGCGGGGACUCUGCAAACUGUGCUGCAGAGUCUGAGGAGACUGAGUGCCCCCGAAAAAGUCUCAGACAGCUGGGAGCGUCCUUAACCUUAAACCGAGGCUUUUUGCCAAUAUUUGACGGAGGGUGAUCUCACCACCCUGAACAAUCUCACUGAAAUGAGAGAAGGCCGAAGACGAGGCCGGACCAGAGCGGCUCGGAGAGAGAAUCAGCUGACCUGCUGCUCCUCCGGGAUUGGCUGAAGGACCAGAGCUCGCCAGGUGUGACGGCAGCUCCUGCAGGGAGAAGACAAACAGGACGCGGACCCUCGCCUGGGCCGUUCAUGACUCCAGCAGUUGAGGAAACGCUAACAGAAAGAGACUGGUCGCGGAUCAGAGGUUGUAAUACUGUGAAAUGUUCCUAAAAAAUGAACUCUCCUCUGAUAUGAAAUGUGGUUAAAUUGUGCUCAUGCCACAAGCCGAAGGGGUACACUUCUUUAAUGUAGUCAAAGUUAGAAAAAGUGGUUUAAAAUGAAUGGAUUAAAGAAACCAAGAUGAACUUUUAUUAAUCCCCGUGGGGAAAUUCGAGAAUUCUGCACCUGACCCAGCCUAGUGUUAGGAGCAGUGGGCUGCCAUAUGUACGCCGCCCGGGGAGCAAUGUAGGGAACGGUGCCCCCAUUAUAUUGUUCUGCUGAAUGUUAAAAUGAAACCUAUCAUUUACAUCAAAACAAUAAAGAGGUUUAUUCAGUGGGAUCUGUCUCACCAUGAAAUUCUGCCAAACAUUUAACAGUCCAGAUGUUGUUGAUUGUUUUUGACCUGAAAUAAAACCGUGUUGCCUGAACGUAAAA